CUUUUCAAGAACUUUCUUCCUCUCCAUCAUCCUUCCUGCUAAUCAUUUGAUGAGGAACUUUCAAGCUCAGAAAAAUGAAGAAAUAGCUCAGGCCACCAUCACCAAUCCCUCUAUUUUCUCCUCAAUUUGAUACUAGUACAGUUUACAUACCAUGCUUCAUCUUACUUUCUAGUCUAGCUUGCACAAAACAUAACAUGAACAGGUUGAAUCACGAAGUUGCUGAGCUGACAUGGGAAAAUGGGCAGCUAGCCAUGCAUGGUUUGAGCAACAUCCUUCCUUCUCCAGCUCCAACAAAGUCCACCUGUGGCAGAGCUGGUGAUCAUACACUGGAAUCAAUAGUCCAUCAAGCUACAUGCCAUCACAAGCACAGCCAGAUGAUGAAUUCGAUGCAAAGCCAAAAGCAUGAUGAUGGGGAUAAAAAAUUAAGCUCCAAGAUUAAUAGUACUCCAGAAUUCUCAGGCACGAAAUGGGGCAAAAGCUCGGGGCAGGUGCAAAUGCUUCCAAGUACGAUGAAAAAGAGGCUGAGGUCAGAGACAGAGUCCGAUCAAUGUGGAAGAUUUUUCAGCGGCAAAAUUCAUGAUUUGGGCCAAGAACGCAGUGCUUGUGCUAGUGCUAGCGCUACACUGUGUAGGGACAAUAAUAAAGACGCCACAAUGGUGACAUGGGCUUCCUUUGAAUCUCCCAGCAGCUGCAAGACUAAAAAUACCACUGACGAAGACUCUGCUUCUCAUGGUGGAUUGCAGGAAAAUAGGGAUGAAGAGCAAGAGGCCAAAGGAGGAAUUGUCCAGUCAUGUUCAGCAAGACGCAGUCGUUCGGCUGCAGUACAUAAUCAAUCAGAACGGAGACGGAGAGAUAGAAUCAAUCAGAAGAUGAAAGCCCUACAGAAGUUGGUGCCUAAUGCAAGUAAAACUGAUAAAGCAUCAAUGCUUGACGAGGUGAUCGAAUACUUAAAACAACUUCAAGCUCAAGUUCACAUGAUGGGUACAAGAGCAAUGCCACAAAUGAUGAUGACUCCCCUAGCAAUGCAGCAACAGCUACAAAUGUCCCUUCUAGCACGUUUGGGCAUGGGAGCCGGUGUUGGGGUUGGAAUGGGAAUGGGAAUGCUUGACAUCAAUUCCAUGGCUAGAACUGCACCUCUUUCACUCCAACCCUUCAUGCAUUCCACCCCAAUUGCCUCUGCACCUCCUACAUUUGUGCCGCCACCCUUGGUCAUGCCACCGAGGAUUCCGGCCUGCACUCCACCACCAGCCACGGCCAAUGCCACAACUACCACAAUUAAUGCCUCCGGCGCUUUUAGUGAUCCGUACAGUUCAUUUUUAGCACAACAAACAGUAAACAUGGACUUUUACAGCAAGAUGGCAGCUCUCUUCCGGCAACAAGCUAACCAAACCUCAGCCACCGCGACCAACCCAUUGCAGCCAAAUUUCAACCAAGGGAAAUAAAGUCAUA